AUGCUCAACUCAACUCUCUUCCAAUCUCUCACAAGCCUUCCAGAACUCCCACGCACUUGUCUCGAGCAGGUGGAAUCGAGUGAUGAGGUAAGCAUUCCAUUGUUCUCUUGUUCAUUUUGGCCAAGAAAUCAGGCGGCUUUCGGGCUGCUAAUUGCCGGUUUCUGGCCUCAUUCCGACUGAAAAGAAGACACGAAAACAUGACAAUUAUUCAUGAAAAGAAAGCGGUGUCGCAAAUCGAAUUAGAACGAAAACGGCUCCAUUCUCUGCUCAUUACACUGUGUCCUCCACUCUGAUUUCCAUCGCGUUACGGUAGUUUUGCACAUAAAUCACGGACAACUCUAUUGAUUGAUAAUCGACCCGUUUUGUUGCAAAAUUACACUAACUGAAACGGAAGAUUCUUCAUAAUUCCUCACUUCAACCGAUUUUCUCUCAAUUUUCUUUUCACAUACAAUCUCACGCUUCAUUUUUGCCCUGAUUUGUACAUCUCUGAACAUUUUUUGUUUCUAAAAAGUGAAAAAAAUUGUGUGACAAGUGGAUAAUGAACCUCUCAAUGUUGUGGAUCAUGUCAAUCUUUUGAAAUGCCCCAACUGGAACCGAAUUGAUCGGUAGACUCUUCCCACACAUUUUCCAGAAAACUCGGCCAAUAAUAGACAACUGAUUGAGUGGCGGCACUCGCAAACCACCUAUGAAUUGGUAAUUCGUCGAGGCGCUCAGAGAAUGAGCACUUUUUUACGUGCCGUUUCGGAUAGUUUUGAAAUGGGGGAAGUCAGUCGACGCUUUUGCGUGUAUAGUCCUUUUCUUCACACGUAUUUUGUGUGUGUGUGUGUGUGUCUGACGUGCGAACAAAGGUGCCAAUUUUGUGAACUUUACUCGAAACCCACACCAAACAUCUAUCUACUUUCCCAUUGUGGGGACUACAAAAAACAGGAAAACGAUUAUAACAACGUAUAGAAUUUGUAUGGAAACAAAAAGUUCAAACGUUCUUAGCGUUUCCAAGUCAUACGUCUGUCUUCUCGGAAAUGCGAUCCGACAGCUUCCUCCUGCUGCCUCAAAUUAAAGCUCAUCAGCGCGUUUUCCUGUCGAAUUGCAAAGAUCCGCGCGGCGCGUUUCAUUUCAGCUGCUCUUCGCAUUCCGAUGACUAACUUUUCUCCCCCCCCUCCGUUUUUUUUCGUCUCGCAACCGCCGCCAAUUAAUUUAUAAUUCAAAGGCGGCCGGUUUCGAGCAGCAAAAGUUCAGAGUUCUUUCGUGUGACGUGUGGAAGAAGAAGAAGAAGAAGAAGAAGCAGUUGAGAAUAAGAAGAAGUUGAGGUUAGAAGUCAGACGUGUGUAAAAGAAACGAGAAGAUGAGUAAUUCUGAAGAGACCGAGCUCAAACUCCAUUUUCAAGGGUAAUUAUAGGGGAAAAGUGAGACCAAUUUCUGAUCGACGAGCCCAACGCCACCACUCAUGACUUUUUCAGCAGGUUUCUUACGUAUUUCGUGAUCGGAAAGCAUUUUUUGGAGAUGAAAACGUAGGGCAAAAGAAGUUUCUCGCCGGCGGGAUUCGAACCCGGGCUGUCAGUUUGUGCCCGAAUCCAAAACGCAACCACUGCGCUUGGCGCGCAACAUCGCCCUGUAGCUUAUAGGGUUGGGAUCUUCUACCGCUAGAUUUCACUGUUCGAUCGCUCAAAUAAUCCCAUUUUUUUAUUUGAUUUUCCUCAAAUCUAGUUCAGAAACUAAUCAAAUCGGCCAGCCGGCGAAUAAGACUACAAAAAAUCGCUUUUUCUCUCAGAACUUUUUGAGUGUUCACAAAAUGCUAAUCUACCAAAACUAUUGCUAGCUUACGACUCUUGCCGAUCUCAUAAAAACUUACUGAAACGGAAGAUCUAUACUCACUUCGUACUCAUUUAAUUACGAGUACCGUAGUCCGAUGACAUUCUCCGAGUAAAUGGCAUAUUGUGACUUGUGGUCACUUCAUUUACGCUCCUCUUUCCAUCAUUUCACCGCCCAACAAUGCCGUCAUCCUCGUUAUUUCCAAUUGUUGACACAAACUUCCGUAUUUUCUCGGCUUAAAACGUCAGGAGGUCUUUAAUUUACAUUCUCAUUUUACUAGGAACUAAAAGGAGUUUAUUGUGGAUUGCAAAAGAGAAUUUCAUCAAUUUGGAUUCGAACCCGCGACGUCUAGAUUCCAAAUACAAAACGCAACCGCUGCGCCACCCACGCCACACUCAGACCGUAGUUUCUAGGGUACUGAGGUUAUAGCCCCCGUGUCUACCUUUUUCGAGCAAAAGUGUCAAAACAAGUGCAUUUUCUCCGCUUCCUUUUCCUAAAAACUCAUUUAUUUUCGUCUCCAGAGCAGACUGGGCACUCGGAGAGCAAAAAGUUGUGAGUUUGAGUGAGGCCUAAUUAAUUUCCACCACCUUUUGCCCGCUUUUCCUUUCUCCAUUCCAACGCUCCCAAACCUAGUCGUCCUUAUUCUGGAAGAAAAUAACCAAAUGGUGAGUCAAGCGAGUAGUUAUUUACAUCUCGAGUGGCCGACUAAUUCACGGUGUUCUUUCCUCGCUUCCCGCCUGAAAUUACUCUUCUCCUAAUCCUUUUCCGGCGAGAAAAAGGAGAAAAGAUAGUGUAGAGAUCUGUGCUUAAUGGAAAAACGAGCUGACUCUCUCGCGCGCGCGCGCACGCCUCCUUUUGCAAGCGUUUCUCGUGUUUCAGCGCACAGUUUUAGCACUGCUAGUUUUUGGAACUGUUUCCUGAUAAUUACACAAAUCGAAGAAUGCAAGUUUCUCUCUGGAAAUGCUCACUUUGAAACAGUGUUCCGUUUGAAACAAUGUAUCUCAGCUGUCUGUGGAGAUAUCAAAAAGUGGUCAACUGAUAAAAUGUGCAAAAUUUCCUUAUGAACAAUUUGUUAGUUGACAGAUUUUUGAUAUCUCCACGCGCAGCUGAGUUAGAUCGUUUUGAGUCAACGACAUCCGGGUGCAGUGAAGAAAACAGUUUUACACAAUCUUGUAAUCAAGUUGAAUGCCAGAGUUGAAUGCAUCCGAGGCCUCUUUUCUCCUAGAAUCCAUUAGCAGGCACCCCGCCACCAAUUUAUAAGUAAAUAUUUUCAUAAAUUAUGAAUUUCCCCCUCUUCCCCAUCUCGCACAAUGUUUCUUUGCUCUGUUUUGCUUUGCACUCACAAACUUACGGUUUUAGUAAUUUUUCAAGUGUCUGACAAUUGUGUUCCAUCUAUUAUUUCAGCUCUUUGAGCCGUAUGAAAAACAAGACUAUUCGGAAAAAUCAGAGAAAAAUGUUUCACUACCUCGUCAUUUCUAAUCACUUUCCGCAUUUCUUGUUUUCUAUGUGUUCGUAACACAUUUUGCCUUCUGCCAAAUCAUUCCCAGAAUGGUCAUGAUCCAAUAAUCUCAAAAUUUGAUCGAAUCACGUCCCGAAUAUGACUUUCUGAUACCUUCAUUUCGAGUAUUUUUUCGCUAACAAAUCUUCAAAGAAAGGUCGAACACGCUUUGCUCGGUCCUGAAUAAUUCAUCGAUUUGGGCGGGAAAGUGCGACACGGAAAGAGCCGUGUUCUUCGGUUUUUCUGAAUAUUUCAAAGUUCGUCGAAUUUCUAUAUUUGGAUGAUUAUUUUGUCGGUUUCGUCCAGAUUUUGAAUUAUAACUUUUCCACGUCGUGGCAAUAGUCUUAUUAAAGCGUUUUGAUCAACAAAAUUCAAAGUUUCACGGUUACAUGAAUUUGCAGUUUUCAGUUCGUUAAUCAUUUCCCUUUGUGGUCCGAAUGUCAACUUUUUCAACCAAUCAAAAUAUGAUUCAAAGUUUCAUAAGACACGUUUUCUGAUAAUCUUCCUUUUUACCUACAUACAUUCUUUUUCACAAAAAUUCUAAUUCUUCAGGAGGGCACCGUCACCGCCUCCACAGAAAGCAGUCAGUUGAGACACGUCAUCAUGUCGAUCGGAAAGACUCGGGUCGAGGCGCCGGACCUCGUGGUGAGUCUUUAAAAGAGUAUAUGAGAGUUGUCGGCACUUUGAGUCUUUGUGCUCACCUUUAUGCGCCAAUAGUCUAUAUCACUGGUGUGAAAGUCGAAACAGUGAUCUCAUGUCACAGUGAUGAAACACGGUUGUACAAUAGUCAGGAGCACACAGCUUCCUGUUCAGUUCCUCGAUCUUUUUAAGAGAAAACAUCGUUCUCAAGGAAUGUUCAAAUGUCAUGUCAUUUCGAAUGCGAGCAAAUUCUUCGAAACGAUUUUGAAUGAUGUCGUGUUGGUUCGGAAAUAAGUGUGUGCGUGUUCGUCGUGAGUCAGUCUCGGAAACCUUGUUGAGGCGGCAAAGAAACCCUUCGGCUGCGUGAAAUCUUCCGCCCGUCAGUCAUCCGCCUUCUAAAUUAUUCAAACUCUCAUGAUGUGGGAGAGGAGUGAAACGGCGGCUUUCCGUGCCUAUUGAUAUUCACGUCUCGCACGUUUUGCGCCACGAGAAGAAUGAAAAGAGAGACGGCCUUCCUGAACUUUGUGCUCUUUUCGACAUCUUCUUUUGAGCGUGUUGAAAUGAAAUUGUAGUGCAAAAAUGUUUUCCGACCAUUGGGAUUCGAACCCCCGCCGAUUAACUCAUAGUCCAAAACGAAAGCACUACGCCACGCACACCAUCAAGCAGUUUGGCACCUAGGGCAGUGAUAGUAUUGCUUGCGCUAGACGCCAACCAGUUUCCGAAAGUGUUCUCUGGAAUAUCAUAAAUCACGAAUUGUCAAAUUUCCGGUUUUCCGUCACAUUUCUCACCUGUCCUUUCCGGCAUUUCUCAUUUUCCACCCAUGAUUUGUAGUCAUUUGACUCGAAUUCCACCAAUGAUCCGAAAGGAAGCCAAAAAAAGGCGGAAUGAAGUGAAAUCGAAUCCGACUAUCGGAAUCUCGUUUCCCGGAUGAUAACAAGGCAAUUGAAGCUGCCGAACACAAACAGGAACGGAAAAGGGGCCGGAAAUUACAGAGACAAAUCGAGUUUCGGGCUCAAUUUUCUACACAAGUUCGUGUCUCAUUUCAUUUCUCUAUUCUUGAAAUUGUUCUCCGAAUCCCCCGAAUCCUUUUCAAAACGAACUUGGAAAAGAUUCAUUCUACUAUAAAUACCUACCAUAAAUAUUAAAUAAUAUGUUUGUGAAACUGAAAAUUGCAGUUUCGAACAAGUCACAACAGUGUCUCUCUCUCUAAAAGAACUCCUGUAAAUGCACAAAUCAUCUCGUCACACUUUCACUUUUUGAUUCCGAAAACAGGCAGACCCAAACUUUGACCCCGCAUUUCCCUCACAGAAACAGUGCGAAUCGCUCUUCUUCUCCAUCUUUCUCUCAUUUUCAGACAUUGUCCCGGGCGGCGGGGGAAAACCACCUGUGAGACGAGUUUUGAAGAAAAAUAUUUGGUGGGCGUCGAACUUCCUGUCAUUUUCAGCAUUUUCAGCACCCCCUCCCCUACUAUUAUACAUCCACUUUUUGCUUGUUGCAGGCGCUGAAAAACAUGCUUCGCCAGUCGGACGGUACCCGAAUGCUGCAGGAGAUGCGCAGAAAGUUGAUACAGCUGCACACGGCUCAGGUCAGUCCCAUUACAAUUUGAGGAGCGGUUGUUGUUGUGUUCCGGAAGCGGUACUUUCAGACAUUUCCAGCCGUCCUCCGGAAAUGUGCUCGAACGGGUUGACACAAUAAAAGUGAGGGCACUUACCCGACGGCCUCGCUCCCGUUCUCUCUUUCUGUGCGGCUCCUCUUGUUUGUUUUCAAUUAAAAGAUCCGAAAUCUUUUGAUUCCUCCUUUACUUUUCUCACCUUUCUCAUCCCGUUUCACGCUUGUUUUUUUUGACUUAGAGGACAUUUCGCAACUGUUCCGUCACAUCCAUGCUUUACUAGAGAGUAUGAACAACUUUGCCAUUUGGCUUGGAAAAACGGUUGCGAAAUGGCUUUUACAAACUUUAUAGAUUGUAGCCGUGAAACUGUUUAUUUUUAUCAGGACGUAAUGAGGUUCGAAACGGUCAUUUGUUAAGUGAACGUUCUGAAACUGCAAAUAAAAGUGUAAGUGUAUCGCAAAAAAAAAUUUGCAACUACCUAGAAAUUCGAGCAAUUUUUUAAGUCCCCUAGGCUUCUCAGGCUUCGGAAAAACUCGUCUAGAGAUAUGUGGAUGGAAGGCCGAAAGAUCUCAAAAACUAGUUAUCUACAUAUCUCCUGAGAUCCGUGCGGUCUGAAACUUGGUCCCAAAGUACUUCAAUCCAAGUCCGAAAGCCUGAAAAGUUCGAGUCCAAUAGAAGUACGGCACGUGGUCCAAAAGAUCGAAGCCUGGUCCAAAUCCCGGUUUGUCCCCGUUUCUCCCAGAUGGAAAACACGUGUUACAACAUCAAAUGCACGCUCUCCACAAACUGCAAGUUAUCCUAGAUUUGCCCUUUUAUCACACAUCUGGCUGAUCACAAAAUGCUCGUCGUCGCAUUAAUGCAUCAACGGAUGAUGUCUUUUUCGUUUUCCUGUACGACUUCUUGUGCACUCUCUCUCUCUCUCUCUCUCUCUCCAUUCAUCUUCAUCUCAUUUAUUCAUUUUCAGCCUUGUUUUUCUUGUUUUUCCCUCUUUUUCAGACACCUGUCAGCCAGUUUUCUGUCAAUUUUGGAGACUUCCUGUGAAAGAGUUCCCCGUGGUUUCUGAUGCACCGUUUUUGCAGUUGCACACUUUCUUUAAAGUUAAAAAUAGAAAAACUAGGAGAAUUUACACAUCUUCUCAACUUUUUGACGUCUUGUCAAUCAAAUCCAGACCGGAACUAACUUUUGAGCCUCAUUUUUUCUUCAGGAAACUCGGUUUUCGUCAGUUUUCCCUGGUAAUCCUAACUUUGAGGCGAAUAUUUUUCGUUCUAAUCCCUGCGGCCACCUAGCACCCUAUUACCCUUGCAGCGAGCAGCAGCAUGCGCGCGUGUGGCGCAGUAGUAGUAGUUUUGCCUCGCAAACCUUUCGACGCGGGUUCGAGCGCCACUGCCUCAAAAUCUUUUUUACCAUUUUUGCUUCCAAGCUUGCUUCCAUUUUCUACGAGUGACCACAAUAUUUCGGGUUGACAAAAGGAACAAAUGUCAGAAAAAGGGUUCAGUUCCAGAAGUGUAUUCAGUCUGUGUCGGGCCAGUCAGUUAAUCCCACCAAACACUAAUCCUUUUUCACAACUUUAACACUCAGACCUUUUGGAUCUCUCUGUCUCUCUCUCUCUCUCUCUCUCUCUCUCUCUCGUUCUUUCUUUUUUCGUCAGAAGGCCCAUUCGAAGGCAGUGUUACCUGAUAUCCUAGGAUUGUCAUAAAAUAAUAACAAGCGAGUGAGUGUCUCAUCUCUUCUAUUCUCUCCCCGAUUCUUUAUCCUCAGUUUUUGAUCUUUUCGCCGCCUUUUGGGGCUUCUCUGCUCCAAGAAACACGCAUUUUGGCCUGAAAAGUGCUGAAAUUUGAUCAUAUUUUGUUUCCGAAUGUCGUGGAGUCAAAUAGAAGCGAUUUUCCCAUGAUUGUGUAUGAAUAUCAUCUUUUCCUGCCACUUUUUGUGCAAAAGUUUCAAUGAAUAGGUUAACCAUUUUCGCAUUUUUGAGCUUGCUCGUCAUUACCCUUGCACCCGCCGCAGUGGUUGUGUUUUGCACUUGUAAACUGUCCGGCGCCGGUUCGAAUCCCGCUGCCACGAAAAUCGUUUUUGCUCGCACUUUUUGAGGGCGAUUGUACUUUUACAUGUCCCUGAUGACUUUUCGUUCUAAUUGUGAUCGCAUUGUCAUCAAGGCUACAAAAUUUCGGUUUCAUUUGCAUUUUAAAUGAGCAAUCUAUCAAUAGAUUUCACUACAACUCAGUUCCUGUAAAAAUUGACUAAACAUUUUUGCCAGUUUCAAAAAUGUGCUAUGGUUGAAACGGAAAAUUGGACUGUAGUUGAACGUUUUGGAUGGCACAAAAAAUUCUUUUUGAGUGAUUCGAUUAUUUGGUUCUCGUGCGUCGUAUUCUUAUUUCUUGGAAGGAGAUGAUGGAUCAUCUUUGUUUAGUCUCUUGCACUCAUUUCACAAACUACAACGUUUCGGCUCAAGGAGCCAUCGUGGCCCGACGCUCAAUGUCAAAGAGGAACUGACGGAUAUGGUGACGAACUUGGGACUCUGGGAGAGAACCACAAAGAAGGAUAACUGUCACACGCAGACCCAUGGCACACGCAGACCCAUGGCGCAAGCAGACCCACGCGACGCGCAGACCCAUGGCGCAAGCAGACCCACGCGACGCGCAGACCCAUGGCGCAAGCAGACCCACGCCGCAGACGGGACCGUCUCGUGAUUAUUAUUGAUUUGUUCGGCCACACAGCACAGGAACAACUUCGGCUCGUCUACGUAGUUCUCGUUUUCCUGCAACUUUUCUUCUCUUUCCUCAUUUCAUGAUACAUCUCCCUCUUUACCUCUUUAAAUCCUUCUCUGUUUUUCGCUAUCUUUAUCUUCUUCUAAAAUCAAGUGAUUGUGAUUAGGGACGUUUCUUUUUCCGAAAAAUGUUGCUUAGACCUUGUUUUCCAACGACUUUGAAGAGGGAUUAGUAACUUUUAAGGCCACAGAAGCCUAAUAUUCAACUGGAUCAAGUUGCAACUGUUGCAAUUGUUGUAUAUCGAAUCAAAUUGCUGGAAAUGUAGGGAAAAUGUGUCCAGGUAGCGAUCAUUUUUACGAAUAAAGCCCCAAAAACGUUUCUCGGCUUGGUUUCUGCAGUUUUGAACAAAAAUUUUGGUAGCUACUCACUUUUCGAUCACAUUUUUUUCAAAUUGUUACAUCGUCUUGCAACUAAUCUUCCGUUUACUGUAUUUCUGUUUCACCCGCUCACCGAAACUGUGAUUUUAAAUUAGAAAACUGUUGCCCUGCCCACUCUUAGGCUCAAAUCGUUGAUUUCAUCGUUUUCGCUUUUUCUCGCGAACAACCAAUUUCGCGGCUAUUUGCGGGUCAAAACGACCGAAAUUUCCGGCAUUUUGGAAGGUGUGAAGCGCGCGAACGAAUUGAAUGAGAAUGAAAGAAUGUCGGUCAAUUAUCCUCCUCCCCCCUCUUCUCUCCUUGCUCUUUUUCGGGCUCACGGAGCAAACGAGCAAUAAAACGGGGCACGCUGUUAAGUGUUUGCCAAUUAAAUAGAUUGGUCUCCCAGUCUGCUGCCGGUACUUUUUCUUUUUAUUCCCCCCCUUGCCUUUUCUCGUCUCCAAUUCCAAAAUUAACCUUUCUUUCUGCGCUCCUUCGUCAUCCGGCCGCGCAUUUCUAAUUUCUCUCCUCUUUUUCUCCCGUUUCCCACCGAUGAGAACGGAAGAAUGCACUUUCCGAACGUGUCUGGAGGCGGCUGAACUUUGAGAAAUCGAAUCCAGCACGACUUUUGGCUCUUCUAUUAUCAAAAUUUGUCAAAAAUUGUGUGUGAAGUUUACGUGAUUUCUGUCUCCAGCUCAACUUUAUUUCACUAUUAAAAAUGCUAAUAACACUCUUAUUUAUUGAUUUCAAUAAACCCAGAGAUGCCGCUGCCGAUGAUCAAUUUGUUGGCACUGGUCAGAGUGCUCGUUCCGAGAACCAUUCGUCAUUUACUUCUUUGAAACGUUUUAGCGGCGACCAAGUGGUGUUUCGAGUUGGAGAAUAAUAAUAUUUGGACGAGGAAAAGUUGCGUCGAACCGAGAGAACAUCAUCAACACGGCCGCUCUCAUUAGAAUUCGCCCCUUUUCACUUCCUCCCCUUUCAUUGCCCUUCCUUUUUGAGAUCUAAGGUCUACGAAUUCAAAGUGUCACGCACCAUUUUGAUUCCGAAUCCGAUCAAGCACCGAAAUUCUCGAAACCUUCUACAAUCUUCAAACGUUAAUGAAACAGUAUUGAGUUUUCCGUUUCACAAAUUUCUCAUUUAUCAUGUUUCAACCUUGACUGACAAUUGCAAACUAAGCGUUUUUACCAUCUCGAAACCGGAACUAGCUGCUCAUCUGCUCAUCAUGCUCCUCAUUAACUCAUUUCCACUUGAAUUCUUUUCGCAUCGAUUCGAAUCGUCAUCAAAUUAAUAGCCGUUUUGAGCACAAUUGUCCCCUUUCCCGGCCCCAACCUACUUUCAAAUGUAUUAAACAUUUCGCUUUCAAUUCGAUCAUUUCUCGACACACAGAACACUUUGGUUUGUGAGCUCUGAAAGGGGGGAUUUCUCAGAAAUCCACCAGACUCGCUCUCAAUUAUUUACCCGAUUCCCCCCCCCGUCCUAAUGAUGAUCCAAAAAGGAAAGGGAAAAGGGGGCUGAGCCUGUUUUAAUUGGGAGCACUCGGGUAAUUGCUCGGAAGGCUCAAGACCGCCGCACCGCGCACACAAUCAUCAUCAUCAUCCGCUUCCCCCCUCCCGUUUUUGCCACGUCAUCUAAUUGGGUUACUGAUGGCCCUUUUGACCUGUGGAUCCAUGGAAUCCGGCUAGAAAUGUUAGAGUUGAGCGUUUCAGAUGAUCAACGAGACCGAGGAGACGUGCACUCGGUACAUUGACGAGCAUCCGGACCUGACGAACCAGCCGGCGGUCCUCGUCACCUUCUCCAUCCUCUAUUUGCACAUUUUUCUGCUCGGAAUACUCGGCAAUUCGGCAGUAUUGUGAGUUUUUCGAACACGAGAGUCAACCUUGAACGCUGACGAUUAUUUGUGACUGACUAAUACUCAAAAACGUUCCUCACUCACUCAGAUACCUGACUAUGAAGCACCGUCAGUUGCAAACCGUCCAGAACAUCUUCAUUCUCAAUCUGUGCGCCUCGAACGUGCUGAUGUGUCUGACGAGUCUUCCGAUCACUUUCAUCACGAACGUCUACAAGCAAUGGUUCUUCUCGUCGCCGAUUUGCAAACUGAUUCCGUUGGUUCAGGUAUUGUUUGAUUCCAUCAACCAUUCGAGUUGUUCUCUGAAAUAACUUCAUUCCAAUGUUUCCCAGGGCGCCUCGAUCUUCGUCUCGACGUUCUCGCUCUCCGCCAUCGCCCUCGACCGCUACAACCUGGUCGUCCGGCCUCACAAACAGAAGCUGAGCUCCCGAAGUGCGAUGAUGAUCGCUCUGCUCAUCUGGGUCAUCAGUGUGGUCGUUUGCAUGCCCUACGGCUGGUACAUGGACGUCGACAAGAUCGGCGGACUGUGCGGGGAGUACUGUACGGAGCACUGGCCGCUGGCCGAGGUCCGAAAGGGCUACGCGUUCCUGGUGCUCAUCACGCAGUUCUUGUUCCCGUUUGCCACCAUGGCCUUCUGCUAUUACAACAUCUUUUCGCGUUUGAGACAAAGGUGAACCCCCUGUACUGAAAAAUGAGAAUAAAAUGGAUGUUUAGGGUGGAGACGAAACUGAAAAAGCUAUCCGAACGAUCUCAACUGCUGGAGAACAGCACAACUUGCGGGACCACCAAUCAUAUCAUCAGUAUCAAUGCGGUUAGUCAAUAAAACGCAAAGUUUGCAGACCCAAAAUCAAUGUUACCAUUUCAGAGUGUCACAUUGAUUGUAAAGGUAACGUUCUUAGUCAAUCCUAUAUUGUGUAUAUAGUAAUUCUGGUGUUUUUGGGGUCAAGGCAUAGCCAGUUGUUCAGUGAAUUCAAUCCAAGCGAAAACUAACAUUUUAUCCUUUUCACUUCUCAAACCCUCUAAAUUUAACAGCAUUUUUGCAGGAAGCCGUCCAAAAUGGACUUGAGAACAAGCAACGUCUCGCGGUUCUGGCCCAACAACGAAGGACCACCACGAUUCUUUCGUGCAUGGUUCUGCUGUUUGCGUUCACUUGGCUCCCACACAAUGUUGUCACUCUGAUGAUCGAGUACGACGAGUUCUUCUUCCAUUCCGACGAGAACUCGGCCACCAACACCGAUCACACCUACAUCGUCUCGACGACCGCCCAUUUGUGAGUGUAUCUCGGCUGCGAGUUGAGAUAUCGAGAAGGUGUCAAUUGAUAAAAUGUGCAAAAUGUCUUAAUGAACAAUUUAUUAGUUGACAACAUUUUGAUAUCUCUAAUGGUUGCUGAGAUAUACCGUCUUGAAUAUCAUUAGGGGGGCAGGGUAGGUUCCAUUAAAAUACUGUUUCAUUAGGUACAAAAGUUUAUAAGGUACCCUAACUAAACCAAUAAUUUCCCCUUUCAAUUUUUUAGUUAAGAAUAGUGAAAUUAAAAACGUCCUGUUUCAUGAGCUUUUUAUCAAAAACCCUUUGAGAGAAAGUGCAGUUGUGUAGUUAAACCAUUAUUACAUCUUCUUUGCAGAAUCUCGAUGCUCACAAACGUGACGAAUCCGUUUCUGUACGCGUGGCUCAAUCCGAUGUUCAAAGAGAUGCUCAUCAAAACGUUGCGAGGCGGCACAAAGUCGCCGAAACCAUCGGACAUCAAACAGACCUCUUUCAUUCGGGUUUGUCUCUUUUUUUUUGUCUGCCUGUCCUUCCAGUCGCUCCCCACACCGAUAGAUCACAACAAACGGUUGGGAACCUAAUUUAGACAUAUGACAGUACGUAAUUACCUACCGUAACCCUAUCGUUUUCGUCGAACAAUGUAUAAUUGCAGAUGCCGAACAGCGGACCGCCCGCCGAAUCGUCCUACCUGUGA